AUGAAAGGAAAUAAUAGUGUUGAUGUACUUUUGGCUCAUCCUUGGAAACCUGACGAAACUGAUCCAACUGGUUGGUGGAUCUCAGAAAAACUUGAUGGUGUAAGAGCAUUUUGGAAUUCUAAAAGGGGAAAAUUUUAUUCAAGGAAUGGAAAUGAAUUCGUGCCUCCUUCUUGGUUCUCUAAAGGACUUCCACGUGACAAAGACCUUGAUGGUGAACUUUUUGGAGGUAGAGGAAAAUUUCAAUCUACAAUUAGUAUUGUGAAAGCGGGUGUAGAAGAAUGGAAGAAUAUCACAUAUGAAAUUUUUGAUGUUCCUACUUUGGGUUUACUCCCUUUUGAGGACCGUAUGAAAUAUUUGAAAAAAAUGAUAGCAGAAAACAAGCCACAAUAUGCGAAAUUAGUUAAGCAAAAAUCCGCAAAUUCUGAAAGAGACGUUUACGAUGAACUUGAACGGGUUGAAAAAUUGGGUGGAGAAGGACUUAUGAUUCGUAAACCAGGAAGUUUAUACGAAAUGGGUCGGUCAAAGACUUUAUUGAAGAUUAAGACAUUCUAUGAUGGUGAAGCCGUUGUUAUAGGACAUGAACCUGGUAAAGGUAAAUAUUUAAGACAGUGUGGUUCUCUCCUAUGUAGAAUGGCUAGUGGCAAAGAAUUCAAAGUUGGCUCAGGAAUGAACGACAAUGAUCGUAUCAACCCUCCAUCAAUUGGAAGUAUAAUUAUUUACAAAUGCCAAGAACUUUCAAAUAGUGGAUCUCCAAGAUUUCCUAUAUACUUAGGUGUCGCACUCGAUAAAGAUAAACCGACUGACCCAGAUUUCAAACAAAAAGUGAAAAUUAAAUAA